AUUUGAUACCAUUCCAGCCAUUACCACGAGCUGGUCCUCCCCAAUUAAGGUGCCACCAACCUCCUGGGACUGGGUUUAUGAAAUUUGGACUCUCCAUGGGAACGAGGGAUUUUCUCCGACCCUCCUAGUCUACAGACACGCCCAUCUGUUGCAGUUGAGCGUCCAUAGCAACAACUCCAUGGGGGGAAGUGUCUGACAGGAGUUUUGAAAUAAUUCCAGUGACACUAAAGUUCUUCAGUAAGGUUUUAGCUAGGUACUUUGCUCUCUCAUGGACGCUAAUAUUUAUAACAACGCUAUGCAGAACAAAGUUGCUUGGAAGUGGCGAGUUAUCGACUACAUGCGAACAUGCUAACGUUAAUUGGGCUAUUUUUGGCUAACGUUAGAUAGCUCGCUAUAAUUAGUAUUAUUGUUUACAUUUUCUAGCUAGCUAGCUAACGUUAGUUGAGGAUGUCUGCAUCCAUAAAAUCAAGCCCGUCACCUCCUGUCUUACCGAAACCAGAGGGCCGAAGGAUAAAGUCAAGUCAUUCUCUUGUAUCGCCUGUGGAAGAUCAUGAUAGAGCCCUUUCAGAACUCCCUGAGCUGAAAGAGAAACAGGUGCCAGUGACAGAUCGAUCAAAGAUGCAGCUUGUCCCGAUGCAGAAUGACUUGAUCCCAGAUGAGCUCCUGGCCACCCUCACCUCAACCAUCUGUCCCCAUGAUAGGCUGGGACCCCCAAAGCUAACCAAGACCCCCAAAGACUUCAAGGUCUAUGGAAUACGACACACGGACGCGGUUUGGCAUCACCCAGUCGGACGCAAGAAAUACAAAUACUUUCUCGAUCAACCAACGUCAUUGACAGGAGCGGGCAGGGACAUCUCCUUUUUGUGUGAUUCCAUGGCCUCUCAGAGGGAGAGGAUUCCCCUGCCACCCAUGGCUGACAGGGGCACCACCCACACACAGGGCAUUCAAAAGGACAUGAGCCUUAUGGAGAGCCUCAUCCCAGAGGAAUAUCACAUUGUGAAAAACAAAGGGGUUCAAGGACUGGAGUGCUAUGACGAUAAAUUCACAGUACUGUUGGAGGACGACGAAAGGAUGCUCAAAGUCUUUCCAUCAAUGAGGCCCAGCGGGCGGCUGGAGGCAGUGCAGCUGAUGAAGGUGAUGGAUGAGAUGUUGGACAGAGCAGGGGUCAACCAGGAGUACAGAGCGCUGACUGGACUGUCACAGAUGCAAGGCCUUCUAGAGCUCGUGCGUGUGGAACAGAACAUCUACAACAUAGUGUUCCAUGAGCUGAUCAGACAGGUCAGUGUGGAGUGUGCUGAGAGAGGACAGCUCCUGGCUAAGCUCAGACAGAGGUAUGUGGCUCUGUUGGACCGUAUCCCCAGGCAGCUGAAGGGUCUCCAUACAGAGACACUGGCCCAGAGAGCUCUGGACCGCAGGCUCACAGAGGAGAUCAUCUGCUUCAGGAGCUCCAUCUCUAAGCUCAACACAGAGCUGUGUAAGAUGAAGGAGCAUGACGAGUAUGUGUCCAAGCAGGCUGAGAAAGCACAGCAGGAGCUGGCCAAGGCUCUGGAACAAUCACAGAAGAACUCUGAUGUGGUGGGAGAGUACCAUGGCCUGUAUGAGAUGCAGAGGAGGAGAUUGGAGGGACAGGUGGCCAGACUGACGAACGAGAGGGACCUGUGGAGCAGAGUCACUUACAACUUGGCCCUCAAGGUGAUCAAGUUGAACAACCUCCAGCUGGCCAGCAGGCUUCACGUCAGUGAGCAGACCUGGACCAAGACUGCUGAGCACUUUACACUCUUCCUGACCUCCAAGGACACAGAAGACCUGAACCAUAUCAUGCAGCUGACAGAGCAGUGGAAGGAGCAGCUGACGUCCUUCGUGCAGAGUCUGAGAGAGGCUGAGCAUGGCCACUGUGAGGGGAUAAGUAGCAUACAGGCUGACAUCGUCAAAUGGCACACGUCCGUUGGCGCCAACAUCAGGAGCCCGGAUCCGAAAUUUGAGAAAGUUUCAGAAGAACAGCUUUAUUCAGAUUUGAAACAGUGGUCAAAUGCGUUGACCAUUCAGUGUGAGCGCUAUGGGGGCGAAGACCUCCUCUCCUGCCAGGAGACCCUCAACAUGCUGGGCCAGCUGCAGGAGGCCUGGGAGGAGGUGGGCCUCCGGCUCUUCAGGAGACACCCGGCCCCAGACGGCGAGCCCCCCAGGGGCCAGGAGGCCAUGAGGGAGCUGGGCCUUGCUGUGUCGGAGCUUCACAAGCAGCUGGGCACACGCAUCAACGGCGAGAGUGGAAUCCACAAGCAACUGAUGUGUCUGGUUAGGGUGAUGGAAUUCUGGGCCACCCGACUGAAGGCCCUUGUUGGCCGCCCCGAGAAGCUGCCCCACUGUGAUUGGCUGAAGCUGGAGAAGGCCCUGGGUAGCUGGAUGUUGCUGGCGGAGGAGUCCUUGAAGCACGUCCACAGCACCCAGCCUGAGAAUGAGAGGGUCAAGCACAAACCACACGUCCAGAUCGAGAUCAAUGAUGUCUUCAACACUCUCCGGGAGUUCAUCUUGACCCAAGCCAACUUCUUUGACUGUGAGAACCGAAGGCUAUGUGAGGAGGUGAACUCCAUCCACACGGCUCUGACUCGCUGGAUGGUGGACAUGCUCCUCCAGAUGGUCCCAGACCACUGUGACGUCCUGCCGGGGCUCAACACCACCGCCAUCAUGGAGGUCUCCCUGGAGCAACUAGAGGAAGACGCCAAGAACCUCUCAGAGAAACUGGACUACUUCUCCAAAUAUAUCACCAGCUCUUGCCGGGCCAUUGUGGAGGAGGAGAUUCAGAGGAGCAUGGCUCGGGAUGACUCAGAGAAUGAGCUUUCUGAGCUCAACAAACUGCAGAGGGAAUGUGGCGAGUGGAUGGAGUCCUGUCGAAUCCUGCUGUCCGACAAGAAGGGCAGUCCCGUGGAGCUGCGCGUCACACUGAAUUUGGUCCACCGUUCUUUUACGGAACUCCUUCCCUCUGCGAUGCCCAGCAUGGAAUCUCUGAUGAACCUACCGGCAGUUGAUCCACUAGAAGCUUUGGAUGAAGAAGAGGAGCCGAACAAGAAGAGUCCAAUGGAAUUCAUUGAGGUGGAGACAGAGUACCCAGAAGAGGCCAUGGAGUGCUCACUGGCCGGCUCUAUUAUGAAGCUGAUAGGCCAUGAUGGUAACAUCAUUGAGCGAACCCUGGGGGAGGAUACUAUUCAGCUGGAUGGGACUGAAGACAUGGUUGCCCGUCCACACACACCUAACGGUCAGAGAGCCUUUGAUGCCCUGGCCACAGUAGGGGUUCUGCAGCACGAGUUACUUGGGGUUGAGGCUCGUGUCCAGCGAGCAGAGGAGCGGGCCCUAAAGGCAGAGGAGGCCCUCCAGGCUGCGCUGGAGAAGAUCCAAGAUCUGGAGAGACAGCUACAGGGCAGGCCCAGUCUGGAGGCCAAAGUGAGCAAGCAGUCUGUGGCAGUGUCUCCCAAGUCAAAGGUGUCCAGCCCUGAACCCAAACCAGUGAGUCAGAAGACUGAGCCUAGCCCCAGACAAACCAAGCCCAAGAAACGCUGAACCCUGAAAACAGUACUGUAGCUUCAGAUGGAAUGUGAAACUCUGCUCCUCUGAAGAUCCAACCACUUUGUAUUUGACAAACGAAUAAACGCAACGUGAUGUAUUGUAUGACUCGGCGUUCAACAGUGUUUAAUCAGUUGCCUUUUUUGGGGGUUGUUCUGUAAUUUACAUGCUAUUUGUUAAGCAAUCAUGUCCUUACAACAAGGUUAUGUGACAUAUGGUUCCCUCUAUAGUCAUGUUCAUACUAUAUGGUUCCCUCUAGUCAUGUUCAUACUAUAUGGUUCCCUCUAGUCAUGUUCAUACUAUAUGGUUCCCUCUAGUCAUGUUUAUACUAUAUGGUUCCUUUUUAAUAAUAAUAUUAUCAUUUAUUUAUUAUGGACCCUAUUUACCCUCAUAUUACCCUGUCUGACUUAGCUGGUUUGCAGUGUGUCAUCAGUAUG